AUGUUCUGGGUGGAAUAUAAGACUCUGGAUGUGCGUUGUGGGAGGAGAAGACUUGGAGUGGCAGCCAUGAAGCUCCCUUGUUCCUUCUGGUUCAUCCUGCUGUUUGGAGCAGGUGGUCUGGUGCUAUUCAUCCACCUGCAGGAAAUCUCUGAGAUGGUCCAACAGCAGGCCCCAGGUGUGAAGUUCAGAGUUACUCCCAGACAGAUGAUGAGAAAGGACCUGUGCACUCACAGUGAAGAUGGUGUGAUGAGGGGUGACCCAGACCUGGGUCACAGCCCAGGUGUAGAGGGGCCCUCCAGCCCUAUCCCUCCCAUGCAGUUCCCCGCCUUUGAGUGGGCGUGGCAGGCUGCAACCCCAGCCUCCCGAGAGCUUGACCUAAGCCCCGCCCGGGUCACCAAGCGUCACAGGAAACUGCUGCUGAAGAACACGCCAGCCAUCCGAGCCCUCAACUCGUCCUCCAGCCUGCCCCAAGACAGCUGGCAGAGGCUCUCCCUCAUCCAGGAGGCCCGCAAGCGCCUGGUAAAGGAGGUGUGUGCCAAGUACAAAAGCAACAGCAAGCGGUUGGUCACGCCCCACCAUGUGUCCCGCAUCUUCGUGGAGGACAGGUACAAGCUGCUGUACUGCGAGGUGCCCAAGGCAGGCUGCUCCAACUGGAAGAGGGUCCUGAUGGUAUUGGGGGGCCUGGCCUCCUCCACCCACGAGAUCAAACACGAUGCUGUGCACUACGGCAACCACCUCAAGAGGCUGGACAGCUUCGACCACAGGGGCAUCACCCAGCGGUUAGAGACCUACACCAAAGUGCUCUUUGUACGAGAGCCCUUCGAAAGGCUGGUUUCGGCCUUCAGGGACAAGUUUGAGAACCCGAAUACCUACUACCACCCUGUGUUUGGGAAGCCCAUCAUCUCCAAAUACCGCGCCAACGCCUCACAGGCGGCUCUCAGGACAGGCACCGGGGUAACCUUCAAGGAGUUCAUGCAGUACCUCCUGGACGUGCACCGGCCCGUGGGCAUGGACAUCCACUGGGAGCACGUCAACCAGCUCUGCAGCCCCUGCCUGCUGGACUACGACUUCAUCGGGAAGUUCGAGACCAUGGAGGAGGAGGCCAACUUCCUCCUGCGGAGGACCGGGGCCCCCAGCAACCUCACCUUCCCCAGCUUCAAAGACAGGCACCCACAUGCCGAGAGGACCUCUGUUCGCCUCACCCGGCAGUACUUUGCACAGCUCAAUGCAUCCGAGAGGCAGAGGGCCUACGACUUCUACUACACGGACUACCUGAUGUUCAACUACUCCAAGCCUUUUAAAGAUUUGUACUGAGACCUUGGUGAGGCCAUGCUGAUGAACUUGUCACGUCCGGUUUAUUUAUAGCAGCUGUGAUGCAUUUCAGAAGCUAUUCGGAAAUUAGCUUUAAGUUUUGAAUAAAUCAUGCAAAAUAUCAGUAAUGAGGUAACCUGUCAGACAAACCUAACUGGAUAUAUGCUGCAAACUAACUCAAAUUAACAUUUUAAGGAGAACUUAACCAGUGAUAUACAUUGAAGAUUGUCUUGUUUUCCAAACUGUAAAACAAGUGUUUUUGUAUAUCCCUGAAAUUCAUUAGAAACACAUUUAAAAA